CUCAGGAUUAGGGUUUUUGGGAUCUCGUAUAUAACAGCGCCUGCGUCCCCGUUCGCCGCCCACUUCGCGCACCUCUUUUGAUCUCCGCAGGCGAGCGCCGGAGGCGGCUGAGGAGACGAACCAGCCAUGGUGCACGUUAGUUUCUACAGGAACUAUGGGAAGACCUUUAAGAAGCCCCGUCGUCCCUACGAGAAGGAGCGGCUCGAUGCUGAGCUGAAGCUGGUGGGCGAGUAUGGGCUCCGCUGCAAGCGGGAACUCUGGAGGGUCCAGUACGCCCUGAGCCGAAUUCGUAACGCUGCCAGGGAUCUUCUCACGCUCGACGAGAAGAACCCUCGUCGGAUUUUUGAGGGAGAGGCCCUCCUUCGCCGGAUGAACCGUUAUGGGCUCCUCGAGGAAGGCCAGAACAAGCUCGAUUACGUCCUGGCCCUCACCGUGGAGAACUUCUUGGAGCGCCGCCUGCAGACUCUCGUCUUCAAGUCCGGCAUGGCGAAGUCCAUCCACCACGCUAGGGUACUCAUCAGGCAGCGUCACAUCAGAGUUGGGAGGCAAGUGGUUAACAUCCCAUCGUUCAUGGUGAGGGUGGAUUCAGCAAAGCACAUUGAUUUCUCCCUUACUAGUCCAUUUGGUGGUGGACGCCCCGGAAGGGUGAAGAGAAGGAAUCAGAAGGCAGCAGCAAAGAAGGCAGCAGGAGGCGAUGGUGAUGAGGAUGAUGAAGAAUGAGCAACAUGCAUUUGUGGUAAUGGAAUUGUGAUAGCAUUUUUUUCUUUUGGAUGAAUUUAGUUUCAGUUAUCUGAAGGUUUCGUAGAAGUGAGAACACAUAAAUUUACCCCUGAAUGACUUUUAAUGCUUUUAGAGUUUGAGA